GGAGGGAGGCUCUGGGGAGGCAGGAGAGUCUGGGGAAGGAGAGAAGGCUGCAGACCAGAGGGAAGCGAGAGCCAGAGGGAGGAGGGCGAAGGGAGCGCAGGAGGACACAGACUGGGGGAAGGACAAAGACUUGGUGGGGAGAAGACACUCAGGAGAGAAAGAGGCGCAGACAGAGAUGAAGCUCCAGGGGUCCCUGGCCUGCCUCCUGCUGGCCCUGUGCCUGGGCAGCGGGAAGGCUGGCCCACUUCUGAAUGGAGUGGGGAGAGCCGGAGCAGGUGUUGGGGAGGCCACUGGACAGGGGGCCGAAGGGGCAGCCAAUUCUGGAAUCGGGGUCCCCGGGGGGCCCGUGGGGCCCGGGGUCGGGGAGACCAUCUACCGUGGGGUGGAGGAAGCAGCCCGUGCGAUCGGAAACACUGGGAAUGGGGCCGGCAGACAGGCUGAGAACAUCAUUCGACAAGGGAUGGACGCUGUCCACGGCUCCUGGCAGGGGCGGCCUGGCACCGCUGGUGGCUGGGGGACAUCCGGAGGCCACGGCUUUCAGGGUGGCCUCAACGGUGGCGGAGGCUACAACCAGGGCAAUCCUGGAGGGCCAGGGACCCCCUGGGCCCAGGGCCACUUUGCAGGCUCGGAUGGCAGCUACGGAGCCAGCUCUCAGGGAGGACCCUGGGGCCAAGGAGGCAAUGAAGGAUCGUACAACUUGGGGAUGAACGCGCAGGGAGCUGUAGCCCAACCUGGCUAUGGGUCAAUAAGAGGCAACAAUCCAGAGUGCACCAACCCCCCGCCAUCCGGCUCCGGUGGAAACUCUGGCAACUACUGGGGAAGCAGGGAAAAUGGCGGCGGCAGCGACAGUGGAGGCAGCAGCGGAGGCGGCAGCGGAGGCAGCAGCGGAGGCAGCCCCGGCAGUGGUGGCCAUGGCGGCAAUGGCGGCCAAGGCCAUGGCGGCGGCAGUGACAGCGGCAACAGCGGCGGCAGCAACAGUGGCGGCCACAACAAUGGCGGCAGUUCCGGGUCCAGCUGGGGCUCCAACUCCGGCUCUUCCUCGGGGGGCAGAGGUGGAAAUGGAGGUGGAAACAUACCUGGGUGUGAAAACUCAGGGAACGAGGUGCGCGUGUCCGCAGGAUCUGGGGGCCAGAAUUCGCAGACAUCUCCUGGGCUCUUCAACUUGGACACUUUCUGGAAUAAUUUCAAAUCCAAGCUGGGCUUUAUUAACUGGGAUGCCAUCAACAAGGGCCAAGCCCCACCCCCCAGCACGCGAGCCCUCCUGUACUUCAGCCGACUCUGGGAGGAUUUCAAGCACAACACUCCUUUCUUGAACUGGAAAGAAAUCACUCAGGGAGCCGAGGCGGCGUCCCUCCAGAAGCGCUCAAGCGCUUCAGAUCAGGACAACUCAAGGGACAGUGACUCAUCUGUGAUUAGGGAGGAGAGCUCCACCCUCUCUGGCUCGCAGAAUCCUGGCGAGAACAGCAUCACGAACAACAAAGCCCCUGCCCUCGGGAAGGAGACUUCUCCUGAGACACUGUCUGCUGACUGAAAGGAGGUGCAAGCCUCUUGGAUUGCUUCCUCCAAGAUGACGUCCAGUGGGGACCGAGGCCCUGGGAAGCACCCCCGUAGGGAGCCUGGAUGAGCCCCUCCCCCCGCCCUGUGCCGCCUGGUGGGGUGCCUGACACCUGCUUUUUCUAAGUGGGGGCCUGGUCUGCCUGUGUCUUGUUCCUUCCCGCCCUGUGGACCACGGGCCCUUUGGGCAAACCAGCCACUUUCUUCACCUACUACAUUUUGUGACCUGAAGCCAUGGUGAUGAUUCUUCAAGAGCCUCCUACUUUUGCAUUUCUCUGUGGAAAUAAAACAUAAAUAUCAUUU